AUGCGCGAGCUCGCCGCUAUGCCGCCAUGUUCGGAGAGUGCAAUGAUGUCAACCCAGGCGAAGAAUAGCAAAGCCUUCCCGUUCCUCGAGCUUCCAGCAGAGGUCCGGAACCGCAUCUACGAGUUUGCCGUCGAGAAUAAUCGGGUACGGAUUGCGAAGCGCCCGGGGAAGGGAUGUACGCCCAUAUUUCUCAACUUCACCAAAGUAUGCAGACUUAUCCGCACCGAAUAUCGCCCACUCUACCUGAGAAGGACACACGCAUUAGUCACGCUCGCGGACGUCGACAGCUACGUCUCUGUUUUCGUUCUGAGCGGGGGAAUCGAGAGCAAAGACGCUAUUGGCAAUAUCGUCAUCUAUGCCCCACCCAGCGAAUAA